UGCAAUCCCUAUGGGAAAGUAAAGUCACGUGACGUCACGUAUUCUCGUCGUUCGCUCAUAAACGUAUCGUGACGUCAUGGGUAACGGCCUUUGUGUGGAGACGUCUAGCUCAUGGACAGUGUUUGAUUGGUUAGACAAGGUUCUCGGGUCUGUCGGUAGCUAUGCUGGCCUCGUUAAACUCCGUCAUGAUGACGACUUCAUCGACCGCCUCAGCCACCAUUACACGACCAUGCUGCUCGUAAUUUUCACGAUCGUCGUCAGUACGAAGCAGUACGUGGGCGACGCAAUCCAGUGUUGGUGUCCAGCCCAGUUCACGGAAGCGCAAGUACAUUACGCAAACCAGAUCUGCUGGGUGUCAAACACGUACCACAUCCCCAUGGAGACGGUGAUCCCCGAGAGCGUGGACUCCCGAAAGGAAAAGCAGCUUACGUACUACCAGUGGGUGCCCUUCAUCCUGCUCAUGAUGGCGCUGUUGUUCAAGUUGCCGCGGGUCGCCUGGAAAGUGCUUACCUUCUCUCACUCCAUCAGCAUAGACCAGUUUGUAUCAAUGGUGUGGUCACUACAGUUGGCCGCUAAGACGGAAAGAGACGUGAAACUGGCGGAAAUGACCGACUACCUGGAAUCGUGGCUUUCCACGGCAGAGCAUAAUCGGAGCUCAUGCUGUUUGCCAGCCAAACAGAAAGUUGCCAAAUAUUCGUGCCUCGUGUGUGGGCGUCGAUAUGGCAACGUGUUCAUCACUGCGUGUCUAGUAGUGAAAGGACUGUACGCAUUCAAUGCCUUUCUCCAUUUUUUCGCUCUGAACGCUUUCCUGGGUAGAGACUUUGCUGGUUGGGGGUUCGAAAUCAUUUCCGGUUUAGCGGACGAGAACCCUGAGUAUCUGAAAGCCUCGCCUCGGUUCCCGCGUGUGACCCUGUGCGACUUCGAGAUCCGCCAGAUGUCAAACCUGCACCGCUGGACCGUUCAGUGCGUAUUGCCCAUCAACCUUUUCAACUCCAAGAUAUUCUUGUUCAUCUGGUUCUGGCUGUUAUUCCUCGCCGUCGUCAGCUUCCUGUCGCUCGGGACGACCAUCUACGCGUCCAUGUUCCCGCACAACCGCGUUGAAUUCAUUCGGAAGUACAUGAUCAUGCGCAAGGUGAUCCUACAGCGCGGUGGCGAGAACAGAACCGUCAACAAGUUCGUCAUGUCCUACCUGAAGUUCGACGGCGUAUUUGUGCUGCGCGUGGCGGCCCAUAAUGCCACGGAAGUGCUCACGGGACAGCUCAUCGAGAACCUUUACAACAAAUACAAGACCACCAUGCACACCGAGGUUAAGCAGAACAGUGUUCCUGGCGAAUAUGUCUAGCGCAUUCCGUAAAUGAACGCCCGGGCGUAAAUUACGCCUACAAACUGCAACCGUUCUACGAUUUUACAAAUGGUAGACGUCCUUUGGACUUCCGGAAAGCCGGAUGUACGCAUGUUUUAUUAUAUACAUUGAGUUUAAAUCUAAAUAGUAAAUCUGAACAGUCACACUCUGUUAACUCCGCCCACGAUGUACUUUAUAAAGUCAUUGCUACCAAUAUAUAAUUGUUUAACACCGCCUACAAUCCAGUUAUAAUUGUCUCGUUUUCGAAUCCGUUAAUCGCUUGAUUACGAUAAAGGUGAUCACUAAUUUGA